AAACUCUCUCUCUCUCUCUCCCUCUCUCUCGCAGAGGACUGUCCUUUAAGGAGUCCCUGAUUACUCGAAUCCCAAUCUUGGUCUGGAUUAUGUUCUUCCUUACCUCGGUACUCAGAUUCCUUUGGCUUGUCUCUGAUGCUGCGGUUUGUUGAUGUCUUUGAGGUGGAGCGAAAUGCUCUGUUUUCUCAGUUAGUGAACUGACUCUGGAGGUUUCGAAUGUGGGAGAGAUACAUAAAAAAAGCGUGAGAGAUAUGUAUGGUCCUUGUUUCUGAUUCGUAUCAUACGCUGUUUGAUUGGAAGUAAAUCAGUCGGUCGCUGAAUCUCCAUCAUGGCCACCGGACAACUAUUCUCGCGCACUACCCAAGCUUUGUUUUACAACUACAAGCAAUUACCGAUUCAGCGGAUGCUUGAUUUUGACGUCCUUUGUGGGAGGGAAACACCGUCGGUUGCCGGAAUCAUUAAUCCUGGUGGCGAUGGAUUUCAGAAACUCUUUUUUGGUCAAGAAGAGAUUGCCAUCCCUGUGCACUCAACCAUUGAGGUGGCUUGUGCUGCACAUUCUACUGCUGAUAUCUUUAUCAACUUUGCAUCCUUUAGAAGUGCUGCCGCCUCAUCGAUGGAUGCUCUGAAGCAGCCAACCGUUCGAGUUGUGGCUAUUAUUGCUGAAGGUGUUCCAGAGUCAGAUGCGAAGCAAUUGAUUGCAUUUGCACAGGCAAACAAUAAGGUUGUUAUUGGCCCAGCAACUGUUGGAGGCAUUCAAGCCGGAGCUUUCAAGAUUGGAGACACUGCUGGAACUAUUGAUAAUAUAAUUCAUUGCAAGCUGUACAGGCCUGGAUCUGUUGGUUUUGUCUCCAAAUCUGGUGGGAUGUCAAAUGAAUUAUACAAUACUGUUGCCCGUGUUACUGAUGGAAUUUAUGAAGGUAUUGCUAUUGGAGGAGACGUGUUCCCAGGCUCCACUCUUUCUGAUCAUGUUUUGCGGUUUAACAACAUUCCGCAGGUUAAAAUGAUUGUUGUACUUGGGGAACUUGGUGGGAGAGAUGAGUACUCACUAGUUGAAGCCCUGAAACAAGGGAAAGUAACUAAACCAGUGGUUGCUUGGGUUAGUGGCACUUGUGCACAACUUUUCAAAUCUGAAGUACAAUUCGGGCAUGCUGGGGCUAAAAGUGGUGGUGAGAUGGAAUCUGCUCAAGCAAAAAAUCAAGCACUAAGAGAAGCUGGAGCUGUUGUUCCCACGUCAUAUGAAGCUUUAGAAACUGCAAUUAAGGAAACUUUUGAGAAACUGGUUGAAGAAAAGAAGAUUAAACCAGUAAAGGAAGUUCAGCCUCGACAAAUCCCCGAGGAUCUUAACACUGCCAUCAAGAGUGGGAAAGUUCGCGCUCCAACUCAUAUUAUUUCCACCAUCUCUGAUGAAAGGGGCGAGGAGCAAAGCUAUUCUGGUGUACCAAUGUCUUCUAUUGUUGAAUCGGGUUAUGGUAUUGGUGGUGUUGUCUCACUUUUGUGGUUCAAACGCAGCCUUCCCCGUUACUGCACACAAUUUAUUGAGAUGUGUAUCAUGUUAUGUGCCGACCAUGGUCCUUGUGCCUCUGGUGCUCAUAAUGCUAUUGUAACAUCAAGAGCUGGAAAGGACCUUAUUUCCUGUCUAGUCUCUGGUUUGCUUACAAUUGGUCCCCGAUUUGGUGGUGCCAUUGAUGAUGCGGCUCGAUACUUCAAGGAUGCCUGUGACCGGGGUUUGGCACCCUAUGAGUUUGUUGAAGCCAUGAAAAAGAAGGGCAUCCGUGUACCAGGAAUUGGGCAUAGGAUCAAGAGAGGCGACAACAGAGACAAGAGAGUAGAGCUGCUACAACGGUUUGCACGCUCACAUUUCCCUUCCGUAAAGUACAUGGAAUACGCUGUGGAAGUCGAAAUUUACACCCUAUCCAAAGCAAAUAAUCUGGUGAUGAAUGUUGACGGUGCAAUUGGUUCCCUUUUCUUGGAUCUCCUUGCCGGCUGUGGAAUGUUCACCAAGCAAGAGAUUGAUGAGAUUCUUGAGAUUGGCUAUCUGAAUGGAAUCUUUGUGCUGGCACGCUCCAUUGGGCUGAUUGGGCACACCUUUGAUCAGAAGAGAUUGAAACAGCCGCUUUACCGCCACCCAGCGGAGGAUGUUCUUUACACCAAAUGAUGGCAUUUUAUUUUGCUGGAGGAGCAGUGCUGACCUACUUUCAACUAGCAUUUUCCUUUUCCAAGUUUCUGCACUCGGCUGAAAUGAUUUUUCAGUUGUUUGAAUAAGUGUUCAUGCUGCUUGUGGCAAGCUGAGCAUCUUCAUUUGUAAAAUCCAUAAGAGUAAACUCCAAGAUCCAUUGUAAAACAAAGUUUAGUUUCAGUAAAGAAAUGGUGCUUUGAGAUAAAGACGUAAUAAUAAUCCCAAAAUAAAUAAUACUGAUUCUAUGCA